UACUGUUAAAGCAACAGCUAGUUUUUUUUUAAAGUAUUCUUGUCAAAUUUAAAUAUUUAUUAAAAUGGCCAUGAUAGUUAAUGUUUUUGGCCUGAGAUCUGUUUGUUUGAUUGCAAUUGCUUUUUGUGCAAUUCUUCAUCUGACAUUUUCAGAUCAAAAAAUUUGUGGCAAGGCCAUAAAUGAUGCAUUAGUUCUCAUGUGUGGUGGAAAAGGAUACAAUAAUUAUAAAACCAAACGAAACUUUCCCUUCGAAGAAAACUUUGACAACGAUGAAGAGGAAACUUUUGGGCUUGAUCUGUACCAGCUACCAUUUUGGACUAGCAUGAAUGCUAAUAGUUUAGCUAAAUUACGACGCAGACGAGAAGGAAUCUAUCAUGAGUGUUGUUUAAAGCAGUGCUCUCAUCAAGAAUUGCUGUUAUAUUGCAAUCCUUAAGAAAUUGUGCGCACUUUCAAAAAAUAAAUGACAUUUCUUUAAAAGACUUAAAAUGCAACUGAUAUAAUUUAAACUAUCUAAAUAAAGCUUCCUUA